UAUUAUUCGUCGUAGAAAAGAUAUCGUACCUCUCUGUCACCGUUCUUCUCGAUUUCUUCCGUCUCUUGGAGUCCCGUUCUUUCCUUCGAGGUUAAGAAGAAGAAGAGAGGGCUCUGUCUUGUGCCAUCAUGAUCGGAGGAGGGCUUCUCAAGAUCCACCCCUCUGAGCUGAAAUUGCCCUUCGAGGUGAAAAAGCAGAGCUCUUGUUGCAUGCAGUUGACCAACAAAACAGAUCAUUAUGUAGCUUUUAAGGUUAAAACAACAAGCCCAAAGAAAUAUAGUGUGCGCCCAAACAUGGGAGUUGUCCUGCCUAAGUCAACAAUUAGCAUAACAGUAACAAUGCAAGCUCACAAGGAGGCUCCACCAGAUUUGCAAUGCAAAGACAAGUUCCUGGUUCAGAGUGUUGUUGCAGAUGAUGGUGCAACAACCAAGGACAUAACUGCUGAAAUGUUCAAUAAAGCACCUGGUAAAGAUGUUGAGGAGUUCAAACUGCGGGUUGUUUAUAUUCCUGCUAAUCCACCCUCACCAGUUCCUGAGGAAUCAGAGGAAGGAAUUUCCCCACGGUCAUCUGUGUUAGAGAAUGAAACUCAGAGUUCAACCUUGUUUGAUGCUGUAUCAAGAUCCUUCAAAGAAGCUUCUACAGAACAAUCUCAUGAGGAGGAACUGAUUAUUUCAAAGUUGACCGAAGAGAAGAAUUAUGCAAUUCAGCAAAAUAAGAAAUUACGACAGGAGCUGGAACUGCUAAGAAAACAAAGCCAAAAAAGCAGUGGUGGCUUCUCUAUUAUGUUCAUGGUGAUUGUGGCUAUUUUGGGUGUCAUAUUUGGGUAUAUUAUCAAGGAAACAUAAAAACACAAGUCAGAUUACAUCAAAAGCUUACAUCGAGCAUAUGUCGUCUUCAUGCCUUUAACAGAAUGAUUCUUUUUUUCCUUUGUAAGGACUAAGUAUUGGUUUGUGUGAGUCUAUUCAUUUCAUCAAAGAAUAAUCGUUUUUUGCACAUUA